UUGCAUCCCAAACAAGAUUUCUUACCAAUAGUUGUUGUGUUUGUGUAGACAUAGCAUACUUCAGCUGAAUCCAUGGCGAAAUGCUGGCUGCUGCUCCAAUUCUUGGCGUUCCUCUUGCCGGCGACGAGUGCUACGUCGUGCCACACCGACGACCUCCGUGCGCUGCAGGGCUUCGCCGGGAAUCUCAGUGGUGGCGGCGUGCUCCUACGCGCUGUUUGGACCGGUGUCUCGUGCUGCGGCUGGGAAGGUGUGAGCUGCGACGGCACAAGUGGACGCGUCACGGGGCUUCGGCUACCCGGGUGCGGCCUUGCGGGGCCCAUCCCUAGAGCAUCCUUGGCGGGCCUCGCGCAGCUGGAGGAGCUCAACCUUGCCAACAACAAACUGAUCGGCACCAUCCCAUCGUGGAUUGGUGAGCUUGAUCACCUAUGCUACUUGGAUCUUUCUGACAAUUUAUUGGUUGGCGAGGUACCCAAGAGUUUGAUAGAGCUCAAGGGCUUCGCCACCACUGGUCGUUCAUUGGGUAUGGCUUUCACUAACAUGCCAUUGUAUGUGAAGCGUAGCAGACGAACACUCCAACAACAACAACCCAAUAUCAUAUCUGGGACCAACAACAAAGUCCGAUCUGGUAGAACCAAUGUUGUAUCCGGAAACGACAACACGGUUGUAUCUGGGAAUGACAAUACUGUUGCUGGGAGCAACAAUACCAUCACAACUGGGAGUGGCAAUACCGUAUCUGGUAGUAACCAUGUUGUUUCUGGGACCAAACAUAUCGUAACUGACAACAACAAUGUUGUUUCCGGGAUAGACAAUAAUGUAUCCGGGAGCUUCCACACCGUAUCCGGGACUCUCAAUACCGUAUCCGGGAGCAACAAUAUCGUAUCUGGGAGCAACCAUGUCGUGUCUGGGAGCAACAAAGUUGUGAAAGGAGCCAAGGAUAAAAGUCCUCGCAGUAGGACGACCUUCAUCGCAAGCAGGGAGGAGGAUGAGGAGGAGGUGGAUCUUCAUACCAUCAAGUUUCCCAAGAGUGUGGUGAAUUGCAACUAUAAGAGUAUUGUGUACGGAGAAUGGAGAUGGGUAAUAUGCGGUCUUAUCAUGUGGAUGUUUCUAUAUUUUGCAUUGGAUAUGGCCACCAGAAAAAGGAAUUUGCAUCCAGCUGAUCCUGCAUUUUGGACCUUGCAACAAAUAAAAGGUCCCCAUCUGGGAAGAGAUUUAGGUGGCCCCAGAAUUAUCAGGCGAAGGCGCGGAGUGAAGAAGGAGGUGCUCGGCCGUCUCAAUCCUUGA